UUGCGGAUCAUAUGACUGAAUGUUAUUUUUCUGCGUGUUCCCUUUGUCGCGUUAUAUUUGUUAAUAGUUGAAUAUUGGUGGUGAAGAGAGAUGUCCUGUCUGUGUAAAUGUUCCUCUCAUAAUAAAACACAGCCCUCUAUGACAAGCAGGCCAACACACUAAAAGUGCAGGCACAUUUGUGUCAUAACAAUACAGAAAUACAACCAGAAGCUCAUCAGACACAAUGGAUAUGGACAAUGAGAAGAAACCCCUUCUACAGAUAACUCCGGAUAAACUUCCAGAGAUUGACCAAGACCAGCUACUCAAAAUAUGUCCAAAGUGUGCCUACGGUAUCGGAGGAAUUCCUUAUCCCUUGACUGCAAACGUUGUAGCAUUUUAUAUCUCUGUUUUUCUUCUGGAAGUUGCACAGAUCCGUCCAGCCUAUGCAAGUAUCGUGCUAUUCUCGGGAAAAGCUUGGGAUGCAAUUACAGAUCCAACUAUCGGAAUAUUACUUGACAAAAGCAAUACUCGAUUUGGUAAAAUUAAACCAUGGUUGGUGCUAUCUACGCCGUUUGCCAUGGUUACUUAUGUAAUGCUUUGGUAUGUUCCGGAUAUCGAUGCAAAUAUCAAAAUGGUUUAUUAUCUGUUAUGUUAUUGUGCCUUUCAGACAUUCUUAACUUGUUAUCAUAUACCGUAUGUUUCUAUGACAAUGUAUCUUAGCAACGAGCAAAAAGACAGAGAUUCAGCUACUGCAUAUCGUAUGACAUGUGAAGUCUUUGGAACAGUAUUAGGUGUUGUACUUCAAGCACAGUUUUUAACCUUAGGAUCGACUGACAGCAAUGCACUUGACCCUUGCAUUGGUCAUGAGAACAGAACAACUUUACCAACACUAUCACCAGAGCAACAGGAUCCAACAGAAAUGGCAUAUUUGGUCGCUGCUGCCGUGCUUGCUGGGAUAUUUCUGUUGUGUUGUGCUGUGGUUACAGUUUUUACAAAAGAAAUGAAAGAUGAUGCUGUUGAGAAGCCUGAUGCGACCGAAACUUUCUGCACCGGUUUGAAAUCAGUUCUAACCUAUGGUCCAUAUAUCAAGUUACUUUUAUGUUUUCUAUGCACUUCAUUAGCACUACAGAUUAUUCAGGGAAACUUAGCAUUGUAUUUUGUACACGCUCUCAAUUACGACAACUUUCAGCUGGCACUCAUCGUGAUUCUGGUGACAGCAUUACUCUGUUUACCACUGUGGCAAUUGUUGGCUAAGCGACUCGGCAAGAAAACAGCUCUAGCGAUAGGCCUUAUUAUAAAUUUACCAUUUUGUAGCAGUCUUUUUUUCAUACCCGGAAAACCUCUCAUCAUUUUUAUCAUGUCAUUUCUUGUUGGAACCACGGGAUCAUCAUUAUACUUGUUACCAUGGCUCAACUCCCAAUAUGCAUUGGGCUUCGCGUUGAUCUAUUCCGUAGCGGCAAUCAGCGGAGCUUUCCUGGGUACUAUGUACUUGUUACCAUGGUCAAUGAUACCAGACGUCAUCGAUGACUACACUGUGAAGACUGGUAGCAGAAAAGAAGCCAUAUUUUAUUCAUUUUAUGUAUUUUUUACAAAAUUUGCUGUCGGGCUUGCUCUCGGGUUUUCAACGCUGAUUUUAGAAUUUGCUGGUUAUCAGACUGGUGCAUGUGAACAGCCAGAGUCAGUUGGUUAUGCAUUGCGGUUGUUAGUAUCAGCUGCACCUGUUGCAUUAAUCUUAAUAGGUUUGUUAUUUCUAUGGUGCUAUCCAAUUACUGAGUUGAAAAGGAACGAGACACGGACCAAACUAGCUGAAAUCAGGGAAAGAAACCGUUCAUCUAUUGCUAAUAUGUCUCUAAUUCCAUCAUCAAGAGCAUCCAUUGCUGCACUGAACACUGUAGCAGGUUCCAUGGAAUGUGUAGGAGAGGAGAAAAUGCCACCAGUCGUUAAAUUCAGUCUGGGGGACCCGAACGAUGGCAGAGAGUCGUUAGUAGAAUUGAAGUAUUGA